AAAAGGCUAUCGAAGUGGGAAGAACAACUCAGGAAAGGAUUUCCCUUGGUUUGUUUCUCUUUGAGAAGAGAAGAACCCAGGAACACCAAUGAUCUAAGAAAUACAAACACUGAUACUUGAUUCGUUUUGUGAUCCUGCCUUUCUGCCCAGCUGGACCUUGGUGACACACUGUUCUUUCACGUUCAAGAACGUUUUUCUUCGCAUGUGGAGCUGAGACCUGGGAAUGCGUUAUUAUGGCAGCAGUUGUACAGCAGAAUGAGCUUGUGUUUGAAUUUGCCAGCAACGUCAUGGAGGAUGAGCAGCAGCUUGGUGAUCCAUCUAUUUUCCCUGCUGUCAUCGUGGAGCAUGUUCCUAGUGCAGACCUCCUACACAACUACUCUGGCUUAACCUGUGUGGAUGAACCUAGUGACAUGAUCACUGAGAGCUCUCUGGACGUCGCAGAAGAGCAAAUUAUAGAAGAUGAUGAUAUCACCCUCACAGUCGAAGCAUCUUGCCAUAAUGGAGAUGAAACAAUGGAAACAAUCGAGGCUGCUGAAGCACUUCUCAAUAUGGACUCCCCUGGUCCUAUGUUGGAUGAAAAAAGAAUAGCAACUAUGUUUGGCACAACUGAAGAUGAUGAUAUGGUGGCUCCUAUUACACACGUGUCAGUCACGCUUGAUGGGAUUCCUGAGGUGGUGGAAGUUCACCAAGCCCCAGACCCUUACGCUGAAUCACCAGAGACUCCAGAGUUUGAACAACCAAAGAAGAAAAAAGGGAAGAAGCCAAAACCAUCUCGUCCCGAGUCCCCUACCACAACUCCAAACAUAUCUGUGAAAAAGAAAAACAAAGAUGGAAAGGGAAAUACAAUUUAUCUCUGGGAGUUCUUACUAGCACUGCUCCAGGACAAAGCUACAUGUCCUAAGUAUAUCAAAUGGACUCAAAGAGAGAAGGGCAUUUUCAAACUGGUAGACUCCAAGGCUGUGUCCAGGUUGUGGGGAAAACACAAAAACAAACCUGACAUGAAUUAUGAAACAAUGGGCAGAGCCCUCAGAUACUAUUACCAAAGAGGAAUACUCGCUAAAGUAGAAGGUCAGCGGCUAGUAUAUCAAUUUAAAGAAAUGCCAAAAGAUCUCGUCUAUAUAGAUGAUGAAGAUGCGAGCCCUAGCACUGAAUCAUCAGAUUCAAGUCUGCUCUCAACUCCUGUGACCAAUAGAAACCAGUCGAGCAGAUCUAGAGCGUCUGCAAACGCGGGAACAAAGGGAGGAUCAACCACAGUGCUAAAAACAGGGAACUCAAAGCCUGCGAAGCUGAAGGAGCACGCAGAAGUUGUACAGCAGCAGACACCUGGCUUGACUUCAGAAGUUUUGAGGACAAUGCAAUCUCCGCAGCCAGUACAUCCCACUCAGCUUUUUCGGACAGUUCAUGUAAUGCAGCCAUUGCAGCCCAUCACGGAAGGACAUGCAGCUGUAACCAGUAAUGUUCCGGAUGAAACGUUAAGUCCCUCGGUUCAGAAUAUAAGGACUUUACAGACUCCAACCCAAGUUCCAGUGGUUGUUUCUCCUGGAAAUCAGCAGCUGCAUACUGUAACACUCCAGACAGUGCCUCUUACUACAGUGAUAGCCAGCACAGAUCCAGCCUCAGCAACAACGCCCCAAAAAUUCAUCUUACAAGCCAUUCCUACUUCACAACCCAUGACGGUUCUUAAAGAAAACGUCAUGCUACAGUCUCAGAAGCCAGUCUCGCCUCCUUCCUCAAUUGUGCUGAGCCCAUCACAAGUUCAGCAGGUGCUCACCAGCAGCGUGCAGACAAUUUGCAAUGGAACAGUCAACAUGGCUUCGUCUCCAUCCUUCAGUGCCACUACCCCCGUGGUAACGUUUUCGCCUAGCAGCUCACAGGUGGUAGCUCAUCCAUCGGGCACAGUGAUCACUUCGGUCAUUAAAGCACCAGAAACGAAACAGGUUGGCGUACAAGGGGUGGUAAAAGAAGACGACAGUGACAAAUUAGAUGAUACUGAGCAGUCGGAGCAGAGAUUCCAGCAGCAACCGUUUGUGAUGGUGGUGUCUAGUUCGAAUGGUUUCCCAUCUAAUGUGCAAGUGAAGCAAGAAAAUGAGCCAUUAGAACCCAAUUCAUAUUAAUAAUUUUUUUUAAAAAAAAGACCCUGUGGAUGAUUAUUUUCAUAAAUGUGAUGGGACCUUUUCAGUUAUGUAUAUAUGAUUUGAUUCUCAAGCAAGAUGUUGCAAAGCUACUUAAUUUCUGCAGUUAAUUGUUAGCAUUCAUGGUUUAGAAUGGAUUUUGAUUUUCUGUUAAUUGCUAAAUGUUAUCAUAUAAAUAAAAUUAUCUAUUACUCAUGCUUCAGAAUACAGGCAUGAAGGAACAUGCUUUUUACCCUGUGAAGACUUUCUCCUGAGGUUGUUGGCCAAACUUCUUUCUUACUGUAUGUUUUCAAUCUGUUACCGAUUUACAUUGCAGUAACGUUAUUAUAACCUUUUCUGUUU